AUGUCAGUGUAUGAAGCAAAUUACUCUGAGGUGUCUGAAUUUGUCUUCCUGGGACUUUCUACCUCUAGACCAAUGCAACAUUUCCUCCUUGCUUUCUCUACAGUGUUUUAUGUAACAAUUGUUCUGGAAAAUCUCCUGGUUGUGUUUACAGGGACUUUUGACUCUCAAUUGCAUUCCCCUAUGUACUUUCUGUUAGCCAACGUCUCUUUUAUUGAUUUGUGUCUUUCUACCUUACUGGUUCCUAAGAUGAUCUGUGACCUGUACUCAGGGCAAAACACUAUAUCAGUCCAGGGGUGUGUCAUCCAGAUUUUUGUACUUCAUGUUCUGGGUGGAUCUGAGAUGGUGCUGCUCAUAGCCAUGGCCUUGGACCAUUAUGUGGCCAUAGGUAAGCCCCUCCACUACCUGACCAUCAUGAGUCCACACAUGUGCAUUUCGAUUCUGGUUGGUUCUUUGGUUAUUGGUCUCAUUCACUCAGUGGUGCAGUUAGCUUUUAUUGUCAAUUUGGAUUUUUGUGGCCCUAAUGCAAUAGACAGCUUUUACUGUGAUCUAUCUCGGUUUAUCAAACUUGCCUGCACAAACACCUACAAACUGGAGUUCAUGGUUACUGCCAACAGUGGAUUCAUUUCCAUGGGAACCUUCUUCUUAUUGGUUUUCUCCUACAUCUUCAUCCUGGUCACUGUAUGGAAACACUCUUCAGGUGGUCUAUCCAAGGCCCUCUCUACCUUGUCAGCUCAUAUCACUGUGGUGGUUUUGUUCUUUGGACCAUGCAUCUUUAUCUAUGUGUGGCCAUUUCCCAUGGUGCCAGUAGAUAAGUUCCUUGCCAUUUUGGACUCUUUGAUUACACCUAUCUUGAACCCUGCCAUCUACACAUUGAGGAACAAGGACAUGAGGAUGGCAAUGAAGAGACUACGUAGUCAAUUCCUGAGUUUGAGAAAGAUCUUCUAA